AUGUCGCGACAACCAGGCAACAGAGCAGAUAAUGGAGCUGGGGUCUCGCAGUCAGCAGUCAGCGACAGCCAACAGGACGUGAUAAUGCGCUACGGCGCCGCGGUACAACCUCUCCGCGUGAACACGCGCUUGGCACCCGAGGGCCAAUUCAAUGGCCUGCAGCCGAGAACCGAGUACACUCGGGACCUUCCGCCACUGCAAGAAAGGAGACAAGUGGCCACGUAUCACGCGGUUUCUCGACAGCGUGAACACUUCCAGGACGACCACGAGUGGCAGGACGUAGAGUAUGACGCGGAGUCUGAAGAGGACGGAGAACAGGAGAACGCGGACCCGUCCACGGAGUCGAGCGGGAAUUCACGUGAAGCACAACAUUGGAGCGGCACGUCGUCAGCGCGGACUGGUGAGCUUGAUGAUGAGAGCCAAGGAGAAGUUUCGUGCCGAGUGAGUUGGUGUGAACAACCGGGAAAGCGCUACGGACUGUGUUGGGCGCAUGGCGGUGUCAAGAAGUGUUGCCAUGGCAACUGUCCGAAGAUCGCUUUACCCACAGGAGAGUUCUGUUCCACUCACGAACGCGAGAUCAGCGGCAACACUUGA